AUGGCGGACACGCCCAACCGAGGCAUCGCGGUGAUUUCAGGAGGAAGCGCGGCGAACAACCUGGUCGAUGUAUUUAAUGCGGUCCGAGAAAGCAAGGACUGCCCGCUCAACUAUAUCAUCCCCAUCAGUGACAACGGCGGUUCGUCGUCCGAGCUGAUUCGAAUAUUCGGGGGGCCGGGGAUCGGCGAUGUUCGAAGUCGCCUGGUGCGCUUGAUUCCUGAAUCACCAGCUCAUUCCGAGCGAGCUGCCAUCAAGACACUUAUUAACCAUCGCCUGCCUGCGGAAGGAGCCGCAGCGUCUCACGAAUGGCAGUCCAUCGUCGAUGGCACGUCCGACCUGUGGAAGGUCGUCACGCCCGCGAAGAAGGAGCUGAUCCGCUCAUUCUUCAACAUGCUGAAUCUAGAGAUUUUGAAGCGCGCGCGACCUCCGUCGUCGACGUUUGACUUCACCUCGGCCAGCGUGGGGAACCUCUUCCUGACCGGGGCGCGACUAUUCAGCGGCAGCUUCGAGAGCGCCAUUUACUUGCUAGGAAGUAUCUGCGGCGUGCCGUCAGAUAUUGUGCGCGUGAUCCCGGCAAUCAAUUCAAAUUUCUCUCAUCACAUCUCUGCGUCGCUGGCAGAUGGCACGGUCAUCGUUGGCCAGAAUAGCAUCUCGCACCCCAGCGAGGCGACAGCUCUCCAGCGCGACCGCGGCUCCAGACGACCCAGUCUCCUACUUGCCGAUGGGGACGAUCUAGAUGAGACAGAGCCCUCCGACAGCUCUGACGGCAUCUCAUACGAAGAGGACCAUCUCCCGGGUUCGCUCGCCACCCUGCGCCACAAAAACAUUGCCUUUAACAAGGUCGUGAACGAAGAAUUGCCAUCGCGGAUUACUCGCAUCUGGUACAUUAAUCCAUACGGCCAGGAAAUACGGCCACCGGCUAACCCACGGGUUCUGGAAGCAUUACAAGAUGCACAAGCCAUUGUUUAUAGCAUUGGCUCUCUCUACACGUCGAUCAUCCCGGCUAUCAUUCUGCGCGGCGUGGGCAAAAGCAUUGUGUCCAGUCCCGCCCGCCACAAGAUCCUGAUUCUAAACGGCUCACUGGACCGUGAGACUGGACCGCCGUCUGAGCCCUUUGCUGCCUCGGACUUUGUUGAGGCAAUUGUCCGUGCCGGGGAGGAAAGUCGCGGACGAGGUCCGUUUGAGUUCCCUCUACACCAGGGACAGUCAUCUACUACAGUUUCUUCUUCUUCGCCGGGAACCCUUCGACGCCAUCAUUCCCUUCCUUAUCACUCUUAUGUGACGCAUAUAUUACACCUGGAUGGACCGGGAACUCCGCAUGUGGACCGGGAACGGCUUGCAGAGAUGGGUAUUGAAACGCUCCGGCUUUAUGGGCGGAAAAUUACGACCAAGGAUGGGGAUCUGGAAUCGGGGGUGGGCAUGCAGUAUGACUCGACUGCAUUGAUUCAGGCUCUCGAGGUGGUGUUGGGUAAGAAGGGUGAUGCGAUGGUCCGGGGAGGUGUGGGUACCAGUUUGAGCCGAAGAAAUACUCUCGAUCCUGGAAGAAGAGAGAAACGGUAG